AUGGACAGCCCCAUCCCGCGUCCGGCGAUCCGGAGCACGGGGAUCGCCAUGAUCGUCCUCACAACCCUUGUAGCGAUCGCCCGCGCAGCCGUAACUUUCAUCCAGCAUCGCAACGUCACCGGGGAGGACCUCUGGCUCCUCGCCAGCUACAGCUUCUUUCUGGUCGUAUCUAUCCUAUAUCUGUACAUUGUACCAGCCUUCUUCCGCCUCACCGACCUCGCGGUCGGGGCCAUAGAGCCCUAUCCAACAGCUGGUGAUGACGCGGUCUUCAUUCAGAAGGGGCUUUUCGCUGCCUCCGCCAGCCUUUGGUUCUGCCUCUGGUCAGCCAAAUUCUCGCUCCUCUUCAUGUACAAGAAGCUCGUGGACAAACUGCCGCUGUACCUCAAGCUGUGGUGGGCACUUGCCAUUUUCUCUGCGCUGUCUUUGGUCGGCGCCAUGAUCACACUGUUCUUGGCCUGCUCCAGCAUGGAAGCCUGGUUCACCGCAGGCAUGUGCUACACGCCCCGCGACAUCGUCCACGCGGCGAUCAGCAUGUGGUACGCCUACGCCGUCGAUGUACUCACGGAUCUACUCAUUAUGUUCUUACCCCUCCGACUCGUCCUCAACCUACAGAUGCCCUUGUCCAGAAAAUUGGGUAUCGUCGGCCUGUUCUGUCUGGGCUGGAUCUGCAUCGCCGCCUCGACUAUCCGCGUUACACAACUUGCCAACCCAGGACACCAGCCCACCGUUCCGUGGCUCGCUGUCUGGGGCACGAUUGAGUCUGCUAUUGCAUUCAUCACCGUCUCGGGCCCGGGGCUCUAUCGUGCAGCUAAACUUUUAUCCAAGACCCGCAGGAAGUAUUACGUCAACGAAAUGUACCACGACUCCAACACGGGAGGAAAUUCGAAGCAGGGCGCGAGCCGACUUGGGAGAAGCCAAAUACAUGACGACUCGGUCCAGCUCCGGUCUCUAGGCGGGACAUCAGCUACCACUGCGGCCGCGUCCAACAGUAGCGAAGAGGAGCUGUUUGGCGUUGACAGAGGUGCCAUCCACCCUGUCUGCCACUUGGGCUUCCUCCACAUUGGCACAUCGACAGAGACGUCCACUCAAUUCCGCGAUCGACUGAGUGGUGACGGCUCCAAUUCGAUCCGAUCCUUUACCUCCACGCUGUCCAUGGGUAUUGUGCUCCGUGGCAGCCUCCUCCCCUGUAAGGCCCUGUCCGGUGACCGUCUGACACAUAUCUGGCGACAACAUCGCGCAUUCUUCGCGACUUUUGCUCCGGCGCUCGCCGCCCAGCGCCCCAACCGCCGCCAGCAACCCCCUGCGGCCGCCAUUGCUCCGCACACAACCUCCUAUAUCUCUUCCAGCCCCAUACCUGAAGACCCCCCGACUUUCAUAAUGGGCCAGCGAAGGAAGCGAUCAAGUGCUGCUGCCACUGCCGCCGAUACAGAGGAACCACACGGAGUUCGGCAGCAGACCACACCACCAGGCAGUGAGGAGCCUGCCAACACGAUGCCGAGCCUCGGACCCCGCAGAUCAGGCCGCCACGUCAAGGACGGCGUAGGCCUUCGCGCAAAGAACGACGACUCUGCCGCAAGCGCGAAGACUAGUCGGUCCAACAAGGCGUCGACGGCGUCCACGGGACGAGAUAAGCGCAGGACAGGCAAGAACAAGUCCGACGGUGACCAUAUGGACAUUGCCAUUGUGGGCUUGCGCGAGAUGGAGGACUCGUUCCGCGACGCGGUCAAGCGGCAGAAGCUCGCCCUUGGAGAAACCUCGCUCAGCAUACCGCCUGACGCCAUCCACGACGAGACAAGGAUGUUCAAUGGCGAACUGCGGACGGGCACGUCCGAGAUGCUGACAACCAACGACGAGGCGCCACAGGCGACGAAAGAUGAUCAGAUGCAAGCCCUCGCAUGGGGUCGCACCCCGCCGCGCGAGAAGAUCGACCAGGACCCGGAGUCGCCGUGCGAGGAUGAAGUUGAGGGCAUGCCGCCAGAGGACGAGUCGAGUGCCAUCCGCCAGGCUGCCUGGAGGCCGCCGCCCGUCAACAGUGAUAUCUUGCCCUUGCCGUGGAAGGGUCGACUGGGAUACGCCUGUCUGAAUACAUAUCUCCGCCUUUCAAACCCGCCCGUCUUUAGCUCCAGGACAUGCCGUAUCGCGUCCAUCAUCGAGCACAGGCAUCCGCUCAUGUACCCGGACCAGCCAGAGCAUCCUACCAAGAACCGCCCAGACAGGAAGCAACCUGCCGAUGUGGCACGUGGACAACGCUACCUGGAGAACCUUGGACUUACCAAUGCGCGCGACAUUGUCAAAAUGCUGCGGUGGAACGACAGGUACGGCAUCAAGUUCAUGCGGUUGAGCUCCGAGAUGUUCCCUUUUGCGAGCCACGAGAUUGCUGGGGAGCUGGGUCACCGCUUGACCACGCAUCCUGGGCAGUUCACACAACUCGACUCACCACGGAAUGAGGUCGUGCGCAAUGCCAUACGGGAUCUCGAGUACCAUGACGAGAUGUUGACAUUGCUGCGCUUACCUGAACAGCAGAACAAGGAUGCCGUCAUGAUCCUGCACAUGGGCGGCGUGUUUGGCGACAAGGCCGCAGCACUGGAUCGAUUCCGGGAGAACUACGCCAAGCUGUCUCCCAGCAUCAAGGCACGCCUUGUGCUCGAGAACGAUGACGUCUCGUGGACGGUGCACGACCUUCUGCCCAUAUGUGAGGAGCUCAACAUUCCAAUGGUGCUCGACUAUCACCACCACAACAUCAUGUUUGAUGCGGACAAGAUUCGCGAAGGCACGCACGACAUCAUAGACCUGUAUCCUCGUAUCAGAGCAACGUGGACACGAAAGGGCAUCACGCAAAAGAUGCAUUACAGCGAGCCAUGCCCGGAGGCCAUCACUGGACGGCAGCGGCGCAAGCAUAGCCCCCGCGUGGCGACACUCCCACCGUGCGCAAAUGACAUGGAUCUGAUGAUCGAGGCCAAGGACAAGGAGCAGGCAGUCUUUGGUCUGAUGCGCAACUUUAAGCUUCCCGGCUGGGACCGUAUCAACGACAUUGCGCCCCACGAGCGUGAUGACGAGAACAAGUCUCUGCCCAAGGCAACCAAGAAGAAGGCGAAGAAGUCGACACCAAAAAAUAAGAAGAAGGCUGCCACGGGCGAGGACGAAGACGGCGAUGCUGCCAUGCCGGACACUGCUGACGCUCCAGAGGCGGAAGAUGAGGCACCCAAAGAGCCAGAGAAAAUCCCCGAGAGCGAGGUCGGCAUGGGCGGACCAAACGGACGUGUCUUUUGGCCGCAGGGCAUGGAAGAGUGGUUGCGCCCGAAGAAGCGGCUGCUGACGAAGAAGAUGAUGAGCAAGCAGGAUGGCAAGGACGACGAAGAGUAA